AUGACGACCUCGGCCACGACCCUCCUCCCCAGGUUCCUCCUCCCGGCCUUGAGCCCCAUGUGGCGCGCAGCAGCGACCUCGACCGGCCGGCCGGCCGCAACGGCAGCUUCGGCGGCGCUCCGCCGGAACACGGUGUGGACGAUCCGGUACGCCUCGUCCAAGCCGACAAAGGCGGGCCAGAAGGGACCCCCCAUCCUCGAGAAGCCGGCCAAGUUCAACCCGCCCUCCCACGGCGCCCGGUUGCCCAAGAACAACGGCCCGAAGCACUAUGGCGGUCCGCUCAGCGGCCAGGAAGUGCGCGCUCAGCGCACGCGGGAGUAUCCUGGCAUGAUGGCUCCCGAGGGGACGUGGGCGCAUUGGUUCUUCAACAGCCGCAAAGUCCACCUCUUCAUCUCCUUGGGAACACUGACGACACUGGCCAUCUCGACGUUGGUCCUCAACUUUUCCCAGACAUCCCCGUUCAAGCACCUCCUACCCCCCGCGUCCGAGUUCUGGAGCAGCCCUUUUCAGUUCAUUCGUACAUGGGUACAUGUGAUGCAGCUCCACGAGCGCGACCGCAACGAAAAGGCCAUUGCCAUGCACUCGCGCCACACCGAUGACGUCGCGAAGCGCCAGUACUACCGCAAGGUCCACGGACUGGACAAGGAGAACCCCAUUGCCAACUUCUUGGGCAUGAAGGAAGAGUCGGAGGAGGACAAGGCUGCGGCCGCCACGGCGAUGGAGGCCUCGCCCGUGGCUGACGUCGAGGCAAAUGCACCUGCAGAGAACGAGCAGAAGAAGAAGUGGUUUGGCAUCUUUUAA